UACUCUGCUGGUCCGCACAGUAGCCGCUCAGAGUCAUGGCUACGACUACGACAUUCUCGGCUUUCAGGAUGCUAGUGACCUGGACACAGGUCAGGUGACUCAGGUGACGGCGGUGACCGGAGGGUCUGCCGAGCUGCCCUGUAGUGUCGACCCCGACACGUCCCGAGACAUCAUGAGACUGGUGCUCUGGUAUAAGGACAGCACCGGAGCGCCGUUCUACAGUUACGACACUCGCGGUCGCCAGUCGAGUCGCGGCACCCACUGGGCCAACGAGGACUCGCUGGGCCGACGGUCCUCCUUCGAGCCCCACCCGGUGACCCCGCUGCUGAGAAUUCAGGACGUCCAGGAGGAGGAUCAGGGCGUGUACCGGUGCCGGGCAGACUUCAAGGCGUCGCCAACACUCAACGCCAGGGUCAACCUGACCGUCAUCGUUCCACCCGAGCAGCCGGAGGUGUAUAACGCCUCCGGCCACAUGGUGCGCGAGGUGGCCGGGCCGUACAAGAUGGGCGACACCGCUCGGCUCACCUGCGAGGUCAAAGGAGGCCGGCCGCCGCCCAACGUCACCUGGUGGCUACACGAGGCGCUGGUGGACGACUCGUGGCACCAGGAGCGUGGCGUGACACGCAACACGCUGCAGGUGGCCUCCCUGCAGCGGGCUGACCUGGCCAACCAGUACACCUGCAUGGCGGGCAACACGGCACUGCGGCCCCACCUCUCCACCGCCGUCCGGCUCGACAUCAGCUUUCCCCCAGUGGAAGUGCGCAUCACCAACGACAAGCAGGCGUCUGUAUCCGCCAACAAGCGCCUGGAGCUGAGCUGUCGUGUGGUGGGCUCCCGGCCGCGGGCCGAGGUCAUCUGGUCCCGGAACGGGGCUGUGCUCUCCGGCGCCGUGACGCGAUCUCAGGGAGACAAUGUAACCAUCUCGACUCUGCGGCUACUACCCUCUGCUGCCGACUCGGGUCAGGUCAUCCGAUGUCGCGCCUUCAGCCCGGCAGUGCCUGACACCGUUCUCGAGGACUUCUAUACCCUCAGGGUCAACUACCGGCCGGUGGUUGGCCUCACUGUGGGACACACGCUGAAGCUCUCCGACAUCGAGGAGGGCGACGACGUCUACUUCGAGUGUCACAUCCGUGCCGUGCCCUGGGUUCACAGCCACGAGUUUCGCCUCAAUGGCAAGCCUCUGGUACACAGCAAGACGGAUAAGAUCAUCAUGAUCAACCAGAGCCUGGCGCUGCAGGACCUGACCCGAGAACGCUCCGGUACCUACACCUGCGCCGCCUCCAACGACGAGGGCGAGGGCGUCAGCGAAGGUGUCUACCUACCCGUCAAAUAUGCCCCGCGUUGCGACACCGGCCAGAAGCAGAUUUACGGGGCGGCCAAGUUCGAGGAAGUUCUGGUGCACUGUCGCGUGGAGGCCAGUCCGGGCGACGUCACCUUCCGCUGGUCCUUCAACAACACCGGAGAGGUCACCCACCUGCCCACCGAGCAGUUCACUGUGAACGGUACUGAGAGUGUGGCGCGAUACUCGGCCCGCUCGGAGCUCGACUACGGAACACUGCUCUGCUGGGCCAGAAACGCCAUCGGCUGGCAGAAGACGCCGUGCGUUUUCCACAUAGUGUCGGCAGGCGUCCCGGAGCCGCCGACCAACUGCAGCUCUCACAACAGCAGCUCGGGCUCGCUGACGGUCCAGUGUCUGGCCGGGAACGACGGCGGCCUGCCGCAGCUGUUUGUGCUGCAAGUGCGCGGUCCCGGCGGCCAGCUGCACUACAACACCACCGCGCAGCAGAUGCCGCGCUUCUCCGUGCGCGGCCUGCAGCCCAACACCUUCUACCAGAUAUUGAUAUACGCGAGGAACGCCAAGGGCCGGAGUAAGCCCCUGGUGAUGGAGACCGAGACUCUGCGGGACGCCGCAGAGAGGAGGACCGAAAAGAUCAUCGACGGAUCGCUCAAAGAGUCGUUUGACGGCAUGCUGACGGUGACGCCGGUGCUGAUGGUGCUGAUCGUGGCUGUCGGAGGCCUGCUGAUAAUCAUCAUCAUCGUGGUGGUCCUUCUGCGCAUGCGCGGACGGCCGACGUCGCGUCGUCGCGGCACGCCACCGCUCACAGGACUGCAGAUGAAGGAGAUUGGUCACCAGGCGGAGGGGGACAGCAAGAACCCCGACCUCAUACAGACACACGGCGAGCACGGCUUCCCGAUGAUCGAGGCCACGUGCAGUGCGGAGGGCGGCCCGGAGAGGUGCGGUUCCGGGCGCGCGCCGUCGCACCGCGGCCGCUCCGGCUCCGGGCCGGACCCAGGGCGGCCCGGAGACAUCAGCUACAUCCCGGCGGCGGCCUACGUGGGCAGCGUGAGCAGCUCCACACUGCCGCGCUCCUCACACUGUCCGCAGCAUCCGUACGGCAGUGAUGAUGACGCGGACCUGUGGCCGGCCGUGGCCACACGAAGGCCGCUGCUCGGCGGUACCCCGUACCCGCCCGUCCCCUCGGAUGAGGCGGUCCAGUACGCACAGCUGUCCCUGCCGCGGGGCAGGUCAUCACGGACCGGCGGACCAUCACCAGUCACCUACGCCCAGCUGGAGCACCAGCACCACCACAAUCACCUGCCACCGGUGCCUCCGGUGCCACCGCCGGCCGGCUGGGCGCAGGGUGGCAGACAGUGGGCCGACGCCUCGCCGCCUGGCCACGAGAGCUCGGGCUCUCCGAGGUCGGGCGACGGUCGGCCGUCAGGCUCCUCGUCCACCAGUGCAGAGACCGUGGUGCCCGCCACGUGAUGACCCGCCACGUGACAGUGGUGCCCGCCACGUGAUCUGGCCACGAGACGGUCUACACGGCGCCGACAGAGACACGGGGCGAGCUGCGCGGGACAGCUCGUGGGCAGCACGGGGCCAGCUCGUCCCAGUGACCCGCGCAGCGACACCAGUGAAAUGCUGACCUGCCGUCGUGUAACAAUACAAUGUCUGUGGUUACAGUAACAGUGCAAUGUCUGUGGCACAGUGAAGCAGUGCAGGGUCUAUUCUGAAUAGUAUGACUGUCCUGACUAGCCAGACUAGUCAACUGUGAUGGAAUGUCGGUGAAGUUGUAUAUCCUGACUCUCGCUGACCUCUGCUGGACCCAGCUGUGGCCAUGGUAGAGUGGACCCGACCUGCGUCGGCCUCGGCAGCCGUCGAACCCUACCGUCGCUGCUCACCAGACGACCUACGGGCGAGACCCGCGGCUCGUCGCUCCGUCGGACCCCGCUGCCAUCUUGUCCACAAACGACCGUGUUCAGCCAAUCGCAGACGAUAGCGCGAGCAACCCAGACGUGAACCAAUCAAACAGACGCCGACCUGCGGCUGCCGACGCGCCCAUCAUGACCGGCCGCCGACCGGGCCGGGCCGGGCGAGAUGCCGCUGUUCGAUGUGAGCGGCGGAACGCUAGUGCUCGGCGGGACCCAAAGGAGGCGGCGUCCCCGGCGCCCCUGAUUCGACUGUCGGAGAGCGGUUGAACAAAUAGUGCGCUGGGGACCACGCCGACGAUCGGUUUGAGUGGUUUGGUAAACGUGAGCAGCAAACUGCUCAACUGUGAGACUGUUUGGUGGCUGCGGCGGUCUCAGUUAGCAAACAAUUGUGGCCACGUGUGUGCAACUCUUGGGCUCUUGGCCGAGUGCUGAGCGAGUGUGUGUGUGAGAGAGAGCAAUAUGCCUAUUCCGUCCAUCAAACCCAACAGCGUGUGUGGGUGGGUAAAUGCGAUAGUACCGUUACUGAGUUACCGCAUCGAAAAA